AUGACGGCAUCACCAAGGUCCGAGGCGGCGGCGUCGGACGACGAGUCACGCAGCUCUCCCGCCGCCGCCGAUGGAAAGUCCUUGGUUUCCCGCACCGCGGCGGACGAUGACGACACCCAGAUGGCCGCCGACGACGAGCCCGAGGCGACGUCGGAGAAGCCGGCUCGAGGCAAGGGAAAGGGAUCGCAGGCCAAGGACGUCAACGGCUCACACCUCGUCGGCAAGAUACGGCAUCUCAAAAAGGAAGACGGCGAGCCUCUCUGGCGAGAGGACAUACAGUACGACUUUCUCCGGGCCGUCUUCGACGACGAGAGGAAGGUCUUUACCAACUCGUACGACGCGGAACUCGGCAAGCAGACGUUUGCCGACCUCUACAUCGACACCAUGUCACGGAGCAGCAAGACGAGCAAGGUGCUCCGCGACAAGCUGCUGAGCGACCGCGAGGCGGCCAAGGGCAUGGCCAUGGUGUGCCUGCUGGUCAACGUCGGCCGCAUGAACACGACGCUCAACUGUCGGUCUCCCGCCCCCCCCCCCCCGUCCCCCCUCCCCUCCCUCCGCCGUCGACGCGCCGAAGCCAGACGGCUCCCCACUGACGCCGAGCCAGUCUUUCCCGAGAUGCGGGCGCAGCUGCGGACCUACCACGCCAUCCCGUCCCUGCAGGCGCAGCAGGACCCCCACGCCUACAAGCAGCUGCAGGACGCGCCCCGGCUCAAGUCGAUCCUCAAGGGCGGUGCCGAGGAUCGACCGGAGCCGGGUUCGCUGGACAAGAUUAAACAUCUCGAGAGCGCGCCUCGGACGAACCCGGUGAAUCUCAUCUUCGUCAUGUGCAACGGCGCGCAGAAGAUUGCCGAGCUGCACUUUCCCGAAGACCAAGAGUUCCACGACCUCAUCAUGAAGACGAACUGCACGAGCGCCUCCCGCGCCGGCGCCUUCCUCUGGCUCAUGUGGUUCUACCUCGAGUCCGACUUCACCGAGGAGGGCUGCGAGGAGAACCCGUUCGGCGCCGGGGUCGACUACGGGCUCGACGUGGCCAACCAGGGCGUCCCCCGCCUCGAGCUCAUGACGGAGGAGGAGAUGGCGCUGGAGAACGUCGACACGGCCGACGAGAUCGAGUUUGGGCGCGAGAAGCAGAAGACGCGGGCCAAGAUCCUGGAGCUCGACCAGGCCUACCUGAACGAGCGGGAGACCAAACGGCAGAAGCUGCGGCCGCCCAUCUCGGACGACGGCCCGGCCAUCCUUCCGCGCAUCCGACCGUCGAAGCACGAGUCGGACGUCGACAGCACGAGGUCGACGCCGCCGCCUCGGCCGCUCGGUCGGGGCGGCGCCUCGAGCCGGCGUGGCCUGCCGCUCAAGUAUCAGAUCUUCGAGGGCUCCUCGCCCGCCCGCCACGGGUCCGAGGGCGUCGUCGCGCGGAAGCCCCGCCCCCCGACGGCGCACCAGCUCGCGGUGGAGCGGAACCGGAACGAGCGGGUCGAGUACAUACUGGACCGCGGCCUCCGCCGACAGCACCACAAGGGCCGCAAGGCACGCCGGCAGGAAGGCGCCAUCUUCCGCGCGUACCGGAGGAUACAGGCGUCUGACGAUCCCUUUGACGACAGCGACGACGAGGACGGCCCGCGCAACCUCGUCGCGAACGUCGACAAGGCGGCGGCCACGUUUCGCGAAACCGGCAUCGGAGGCCUCUGCCUGCUAAAGGCCGAGGAGGACGACUACGGCGAGGAGGUCAGCUCGUACGCCGCGGCCCUGCGGCGGGCGACGCGGCGCAUGGCCCGUUGGAGGGGCCGGGAAGACAAGCUCGGCGUCGUCGCGCCGGUGAAGAAGCGAAAGCUCGACGACGAGGCCAAGGCCGGCGACACGCCCAACAAGCCCAACGGCGACGUCGCCAUGGGAGAGGCCGAGGCGGACGACGCCGACCAGACCGUGACCGUCCACGAGGACGGCGACCAAGGGGAGGGGGAGGGCGACGGCGACGGGAACGGCGACGGGAAUCGACACGGAGAGCGGAAUGGGGAGGGAAAUGGGGAAGGGGAAGGGGAAGGGGAGGAGGAUGCCGACGACGCGGACAAGACCGAGGUCAUGGGGGACUCGGACUUGGACUGA